AUGCUGCGUUUCUCACAGUACAUGGCCAUGGCCAUGUUGGCUGCCACGGCUGCGUCUGCGUCCCCGUCAGUCAAUGUGGGAAUGCACGCCGCCUUCCCUCACGGGCCAUAUCUGCUUGAGCUCCUUGAGACAGCUGCCGGGGAAAACUCGACUGCGUAUUUCCCGCUUCUCGAUAAAAUUGCUAGUGGCCAUUUUGCAUCAGCCAAUUCAGACGCAGAGCUCUACCAUCAGUUCCUUCAAGUCCUUCAGGAAGAUCGCCAUAUCGUCGCACGCGAUGCCCUUUCUACCUUCAAGCUAUCUCUCUCCCUACGGGCUGCCGCACCACGUAUAGAAGCGCACUACCAAUAUUACAGUACAGCUGUAGACCCCGAAUCUCAAAUAGAUGGUGCUGGUAAAUGCCAGAGUUGGGCUUUAAUUGAUAACCAAAAAUACUGCUCUCCAGAGCUUGAUGCGGCUGUUGAGGGCAAAGUAGUCUCCAAACAAGCAAAAGUGCUGCCAUUCGAUCGAGUCUUGGGACUUGGAAAGGAUGCCAUCCUUUACGCGGAUCCUACGCACGCCUCUUUUGGCCCCUUCCAUGAUGCCCUCUCAAAGGCUGCAAGACAGGGUGAUGUUUCUUACAGACUGCGGUACCGUCGAAGCCCUGGUGUUUCCAAUACUCCCUUGCCUGUGAGCGGCUACGGUGUUAAAUUGGAUCUGAAGCGGACUGAUUAUAUCGUGAUUGAUGAUCGCGAAGCAAGUCAGGAGACUCAAAAACCGCAUAUUGUGGCAGAUGUUGAUCUUGACACUGACGAGGAAGUUGCUGACCUGAAGCCUCUUUCAUCGUCCGAGCUAGCAUCCCUGGGCCUCAAGACUGCGUCUUUCAUUCUCAAGAGCGAUAGCCCCCUCGAUGCUUUGCUGAAAUCAACACAAGACUUUCCCAAGUUCUCGGCAUCUAUUGCUUCCCACGAAGUCACGCAGGGGUUUGCCGAGGAGCAAGAGAAAAACGUUGCGGCUGGUGUCCCUAGUGGAAUUAAUUUCCUUUGGAUGAAUGGCGUUCAACUCAUUGAGCGCCAGAUUGAGCCUUUCACACUCAUAGAAAUGAUUCGGCGUGAACGCAAGCUUAUUGAUGGUGUACGCGAACUUGGCUUUAACGGCCAACAGGCUGUCUCUCUUCUUGGCCAUUCUGAGAUUGCCAGUUCUAAAGCCGAUGAUGAGCCUCCGAGGUUUGACUGGACUGAUCGGCUAGAGGACGGAAAAGCUGUCAUGUGGCUCAAUGACCUUGAAAAAGAUGCGCGGUAUCAAAAGUUCCCAAGUGAUCUGACGGCGCUCCUCCAGCGCGCAUACCCAGGUCAACUUCCACAGGUCGCCCUCAAUCUCUUUCAUGUUGUUGCACCUAUCGACUUUACUGACCUUGAAGACGGAAGAGCUUUUGGCCAAUUGGCUCAAUUCAUGCAACGCGGAAUCACCAUACGCUUCGGUAUCGUUCCUUUAGCCACCACUCCUGCCUCUAUCGCUCAAGCCAAGGUUGUCUACCAUUUGAUGGAAACGUAUGGCUUUGAAUCUCUCAUCACAUAUCUACAAGAGAGCGAAGAGGGCCCCGAGGGUGCAGCUGAUAAGAGGUCGUUCGCAAAAGCUAUCGAUGGACGAGAACCAAUGCCAGCAAAGACUAAGAUGACAUUGAGCGAAGUUCUUGAGGCCAAGUCUUACACGCAGAAAGUCAAGGCAGGCCAGGCCUGGGCAAGUCGACUCAACGCUGCCACCCCUGUGCGCCCGAUCCUCGUCAAUGGCAUGGUUAUCCCACGUGAGAAGAAUUGGGUGCAGGUAAUGGGUCAGCGAUUGACUGAGGAUCAACAGACAAUCCAGAAAGCUGUGUACUUUGGGCACGUUAAUGAGGACACGCCCGUUUCGGAUCUCUUUCUUAAAACUGCUCUUUCAAAGAGAAACGCGUAUAUCUUCCCCGAUGAUGAUAAGACCCUUCGUAUCCUGGAUGUCAACAAGCUCUAUACAGAUCAUGCAGAGCUAUUUGGUAAAAUAGCUGUUUUGCCUGCUGAUGCUGAGAGUGCCAAAGAAGACUGGGCCGUGCUCACAGUCAUCGCCGACCUUAACACUGACGAUGGGCAAGAUCUCUUGCUUACUGCUCUCAAAUUCAAGCGCAACAAUCAGGGAAUCCGGUUUGAUCUUAUUCAUAAUCCCUCUUUACCUUCAAAUGCUCAUGCUAUCAACGGUGCAUUCAAGCUCAGCGAGGUUAAACUUGUCGAGAUGAAGUGCAAGGACGAUCUGAAGGCUGUGCUCGAAGCACCAUGGACAGCUGAAGAGGAUGGGUUUGGUACUGCGCUAGCUAGCUUCCUAUUGACUUCCAACAUCCAACCCGGAACAAAAGGUCUACUCCUCAAUGGCCGAUUCGUCGGACCAUUGCCAUCUAGUGUCUCCUUCGAAGAUGAUGACCUGAAGCUACUUUUGGAGUUUGAACAACGCAGUAGGAUCCUUCCUGUUUAUGCUGCGAUUAAAGAGCUCGGCUUCGCGGAUAGACUCUCCGAUCCCAUUGCGGUUGCAAAGCUCACCUCUAUUACGGCGCUUUCUACCAUAUCCGACCUUCCUCAGGGCAUAUUUGAGUCCGCCCCGUCGAUACGAAGCACCCUUUACAACACUUGGAAUGCAACACACAGCGCUAUUGAGAUCGGUAACCCAGAAACUGCGAGCGUCCAUAUCGCUGGUCUCCUCAAUCCCACUAGUGAACAGGGACAGAGAUGGGCUCCUAUCCUCAAGGUCUUGUCGGAACUUGAUGGUAUAUAUCUGAAGCUCUUCAUGAAUCCCAAGGAGUUAACAGGAGAACUUCCCAUUAAGCGCUUCUUCCGCUACGUGCUCGAUUCCACGCCGUCCUUUGACGAUUCGGGUCACGUUCAAAGCCCCAAGGUUACUUUCAAAGGCCUUCCUUCCGAAGCACUGUUGACGGCAGGCAUGGAUGUCCCUCCUGCUUGGUUGGUGGCUGCCAAAGAUUCAAUCCAGGAUUUAGACAACAUCAAGCUUAGCUCUAUCAAGUCAGAUAUCGAUGUGGUUUAUGAAUUAGAGAACAUUCUUGUUGAAGGCCACUCAAGAGACGGCAAGAGGGGUGCUCCAAGGGGUGCACAACUGGCAUUAGCGACCGAAAAGGAUCCUCUCAUAACAGAUACCAUUGUUAUGGCCAACCUCGGAUACUUCCAGUUCAAAGCCAAUCCAGGAUUCUAUAGUAUCCGACUCAAGGAAGGUCGCAGCUCGGAGAUCUUCACUAUUGAGAGUGCUGGCGCCCAGGGCUAUGCUGCUGUGUCUGGAGACGAAGGCACAGAUAUUGCACUCAUGGACUUCAAGGGAACAACGUUAUACCCACGUCUAAAUCGCAAGCCUGGAAUGGAAGAGGCUGAUGUCCUGGAAUCGGUCGAUAGUGGCAACGACGGCAUUGUUGCUAAGGGUCUCAAGUUUGCGGAAAGUCUCCUUGGGGGAGCUAAGUCGCCCAAGGAAAUCUCGGCUCAAGAGCAUGCUGAAAUCAACAUCUUCAGCGUUGCUAGCGGUCAUUUGUAUGAACGCAUGCUCAACAUCAUGAUGGUUUCAGUUAUGCGGAACACCAAACAUUCAGUUAAGUUCUGGUUCAUCGAGCAGUUUCUCUCCCCGUCGUUCAAAGAAUUCAUCCCGCAUAUGGCAGCUGAGUACGGGUUCAAGUACGAGAUGGUCACCUACAAAUGGCCUCACUGGCUUCGGCAACAAAAGGAAAAGCAGCGUGAAAUCUGGGGGUACAAGAUACUGUUCCUCGAUGUAUUGUUUCCUCUGUCUCUCGACAAAGUUAUCUUUGUCGAUGCGGAUCAAAUUGUUCGAACUGAUAUGAUCGACCUUGUGAACCAUGAUCUUGAGGGCGCGCCAUACGGUUUCACGCCCAUGUGCGACUCGCGCACCGAAAUGGAAGGCUUCAGGUUCUGGAAGCAAGGCUACUGGGCGAAUUAUCUCCGUGGACUACCAUACCACAUUUCGGCGCUCUACGUUGUCGACCUUAACCGCUUCCGCCAACUAGCAGCAGGAGAUCGCCUUCGACAACAGUAUCACACACUUUCAGCUGAUCCUAACAGCUUGUCUAACCUGGAUCAAGAUCUCCCAAAUAAUAUGCAGUUCGCUAUUCCAAUCCAUAGUCUUCCUCAGGAGUGGCUCUGGUGCGAAACUUGGUGCAGCGAUGACAGUCUGACUCAGGCACGUACUAUCGACCUUUGCAAUAACCCGCAAACAAAGGAGCCCAAACUCGAUCGUGCAAGGCGCCAGGUCCCAGAGUGGACCAUCUACGACAACGAAAUUGCUGCCCUCGAUCAACGGCGCAAGGGUGUUGUGGACAAAAACGAGAACACUGAAAGCAGAGAGUCGGAAGACAAGGCACAUACAAAGGAUGAGCUCUAG